AUGAAUCAAUAAUUAGAUGACUCAAAAGAAAGCGUCAAAUCGCAGUCACUAGAAAGAUAUCUCUAAAUUGAAUCUACUAAAAAUUCCUUGUCUCCAGUCAGGUAAGUAUUCACUGCCAGAAACACUUCAGACUCUUCAAUACUAAAACUGCAAAAUGGGAAAUUUUCUAAUUCCUAAGCAGUCUUUCAGGAUGCACUUAAUAAGAAGAAAUGUGAACUCACCAAGAAGCCACAAAAGCCAGUCAUUGAAAUGCCUAAGAAAUCAUUUCCUUAACCAUAAAAACAAGUGAAAAAAUUUGAUAAAGUGUAAUAAAAUAUCAAGUAAUCACAAUUAAAGUCGGAGGAAGUAAAAAAGAAAAAAGAGCAAUAGAAACAAAAAGAGCAGGAGAAGUAGAAGAAUGAAGCAGUCUUAGAAUCCGAUGAAGCAUUUUUAGAGACUGUGAAUAGAUUGUAUGAUUUUGAGAAAAGAAGAACAAAGUAAUUGUAGAAGAUGGUGGAUGAAGAAAAAAACAAAGAGAAACAACAAACUAUAGCAAGACCAUUUAUCAAUUAAAAAAGUUGUAUUCUAUUGGACAGAAAACUAAAAUAGUUGAUUGAAGAAGACGAAUCAUAUAAAUAGAUAUGUCAAUUUAAGGAUAUGGCUGUUUAAGCUGAUUUAUUACCAAAUCUUCCAAAAAUAAAGGACUUUCAAAUUAUUAACCAAAAAAAUAUUAAUCUUACUAAAUCAUAAUAACAGAUUGUAAUUGUGAUGGAUUAAGAAUUAAAGGAAGAAGCAGAAGUAGCUGAAGAUGUUUAAUAUAAGGAGGAUCAAAGUCAUAAGGUCGUUUAAACUAAAGAGAUAAAAUAUAAAGUGAGUGACACUAUCAAGAAAUAGGAAUCUGGAUAAUAGCCAGCAGAGACUAAACAAUUUUAAGAGAAGGAAACACCAAAAAAAUAGAAAGUUAAUAAUUAACGAUAGAAGAGACAAGAAAUUAUGGAAACUUAAGUAUAGAGAAUUAAAACUGAAUGUGAAUACUAUGUGCCUAUUCAUAUCAGAUAACAAUAAAUAAUACAGAAAAAGCAAGAAUGGGUCUAGUAAUAAUAGGAAAUGAAGAAACACCAUGAGAAAGAAUAAGAGAAAUAGUUUUAAGAAUAAUGGGAAAAGGAAAAAGAGAAAUUCAAGAAAAAUAGUGUUUCUGAAGUGAAUGUGGAGGAAUUUGUUAAUCAACAAAUCAGUUGGUUGGAGAAGAGAAAUGAUCAUAUCUUGACUGAACAAAUAAAGAAGGAUAAAGAGACUGUCCAAUAAUUGACAUUUAAACCAUAAAUUAAGAGAAGAGGAAAUAACAAUAAUGAUAAAAAUGAUAAAGUAGAGUUGAGAUUGUUAGAUUAUCAAUAGAAGAAACAAGAAAACUUAAUGAAAUUAGAGAAUAAGUACUUACCAACAUUUAAGCCUAAUUUGACACAGAAAUCAUUAUUAAGUAUGGAUUGGGCUUCCAAAAGCUUUAGCAAUGCUUCGUUUAACAAUCUUUGGUCGUGAAUGUAUAUAUUAAUUUAAUUAAUAUUAUUCAUUUUUUAUAUAAUUGAUUCUUAAA